AUGCUGGUGUUAUUGAAUUUAUUGAGGCGGCCAUACCAGCACAAGAUGGCUGACUACAUAGCCUUUGACGCUCUGCUGCUGGGCACAUGUUGGUGCCCGGCAGCAGAGCGCUGGGUGACGUCGUCUGCACCGCCCGGCGCAACCCUGCCGCCGCUCCGGGAGAGCAGUCCGCAGACACCGCGCCGUAGUUUUAAGUUUUCAUUUUUGGAGCCCGGUAGAAGAGUGCUGGGUGUAAACUGCAUCGCCCAAGCGCGAUCCUGCCGUCGCUCUCAGAGAGCAGUCUGCAGACUGCCCGCCGUAGUCUUAAGUUUUUUUCUUUAUACAUUGGAUUACAAUUGCUUAAAACGAUAA